GACUACAAUCUGACGCGUUUUGAAAUUUUGGUAUGUGUCCAAUGAGACGUACGAGUCCAACAAAGGGCGGAAGUGAAGCUUCGUGUUCAGUUUCCGGUCAAACACAUAAUUCUUGUGAAGCGAGCAAAGCGUUUUGGAUUAAAAAGGAUUACAUUUUCAAGUUCCUUGGACUCUUGGCGAUUUUUACAAGCAUUUGUUUUGGAAAAUACAUUAACAUUAGUGACAAUGUGAAGAAAGGGAAAUUUAAAGACCAGUGUUUAAAGAAUUUGAUAUGCCAUGGAGGACAAUGCCUUGGGGGAAAAAGAACACUUUAGAAGAGAAACUGAGGAACUUCAAGCUCGACAGUACUGAUGUUAAGUUUGUCAGGAUUUUGAUCGUUGGUGAAGUCGGAGCAGGAAAGUCCAGCUUUAUAAAUUCAGUCAAUAAUGUUUUCCAAGGGCGAAUCACCUCUGGGGCUCUUGCUGGAUCAUGUGGAACCAGUUUCACAAAAAAAUAUAAAACCCAUUAUAUCAAAGGGAAGGGUGGCUCCCGUUUGCCUUUUGCCUUCAAUGAUAUCAUGGGACUUGAACGUGACGGUACCGUAGGCAUAUGUGUAGAUGACAUUAUCUCAGCCAUAAAGGGCCAAAUUGAGGAAGGAUACAACUUUAAUCCUCUUCAUCCUGCAUCUGAGAAAGACUCCAAAAAUCGCAAGGUUUCUGAUCAAACCUUCUGCCUGGUCAACGUUCUAGAUGCAAACAAAGUGUCAUUCGCGAACCAGGAGCUAAUUGAUAAGAUGAUACGGAUUCGUGAGGCGGCUUCAGAGUUAGAUUUGCCUCAAAUCAUCGUCAUGACAAAAGUUGAUGAAAUUUGCCCACUGGUUCAAAAGGACAUAAGAAAGGUCUACACCAGCAAGAAGAUUAAAGAAAAGAUGCAGGGGUGCAGUAAUGUACUGGGGAUUCCAAUGAACUACAUCUUCCCUGUGAAGAAUUACCACGAUGAGAUUGACACAGUUGAUGACAUGGAUGUUCUGAUCCUCAAGGCACUUGAUCAGAUUGUGAAUCUUGCCAAUGAUCAGCUGGAAAACCAAACCUUUUGUGAAUAACAGGAGUGAAGACUUUUUUCACUUUU